UGUAAAAUAUUGGGUUUUAUAGUUUUAAAUUAAUUAAAACAAAUAAACAGCAACUAAAUAAAGAAAAUAAAAGUGUUAACAUUAAAGAGUAUUAGAAAUACUAACAAAAAACUAUAACAUUACCAUGGAAAUGGCUAAAAGUUUAUUUGGCCGAGAUCAUGACGGCUAUGUUGGCAGAGAUGAACAUACGAAAAAACUACAAACAUUAAGUUCAGAAGAUGACGUUAUUGAUGAGUUGCCCAAUAUGAUGGAGGAGUUAAGUGUGGUGGAUGGUUUAAGACCCAAUCCGGGAGGUCCAUUUUCAGCAUUAACGCCUUCGAUGUGGCCACAAGAAAUCUUAGCUAAACUGGGACAACCCGAAGCGGAGACUUCCGCAGGGCCCAAUGAUCAACCAGACUAUAGAUUUGAUGAAUUUGGUUUCCGGGUGGAGGAAGAAGAUGGUCCUGAACAAAAUUCAAAUAAAUUAUUAAGCAUACCCUUUGUAGAGGAAGCUCAGCAUCGUUUGCAAUGGAUUGCCCAUUUGGAAUUUUCCCACAAUAAAGAGGCUACUGAAUUGACCUGGGAACAUGUCGAUGUUAUGCUACCACGCACUGAAAAAUUGAGGAAUAUGGUAAGGGAGGGCAUACCCCAUUCGCUGAGAGCUCAAAUGUGGAUGCGUUUAUCGGGUGCUCUGGCCAAGAAACAAAAAUGUGAAACUAGCUAUCAGGAUAUAAUUAAGGCUUCAGCAAAUGAUCAAUUAAUGACUUCAAAACAAAUCGAAAAAGAUUUAUUGCGUAUAUUACCCACUAACGCGUGUUUUAGUAAUCCCAAUGGUACUGGUAUACCACGACUAAGGCGCAUUUUGCGUGGUAUUGCAUGGUUGUAUCCGGACAUUGGCUACUGCCAAGGGACGGGUGUCAUAGCAGCCUGUUUACUUUUGUUUAUGGAAGAAGAAAAUGCUUUCUGGAUGAUGGCUACUGUAGUAGAAGAUCUCUUGCCAGCUUCGUACUACUCUUCAACUUUGUUGGGCAUACAGGCCGAUCAACGUGUCAUGCAAACACUUAUUGCUAAUUAUCUUUCAGCUGUGGAUGAUUCACUAAAGAAACACGACAUAGAAUUAUCCUUAAUAACAUUGCACUGGUUUUUGACACUGUUUGCCAAUGUGGUGCACAUGAAGAUAUUGGUACGCAUCUGGGAUUGGUUUUUCUAUGAAGGCAGUAUUGUGCUCUUUCAACUGACUUUGGGUAUGUUGAAGAUGAAGGAGAAAGAUUUACACAAUCUUGAGAAUUCGGCUCAAAUAUUUAAUUCAUUGUCGGAUAUACCGGGUGAAGUGGAUGAUGUGGAGGAUCUUUUUAAACUCGCCCUAGAAGUUGGAGGCUCUUUGAGUCAAACGGUUAUUGACACACAUCGUCGUCGUCACUUGGCCUACUUAAUGGCCGAUCAGGGAGGUUUGGUUGGCAAUCCCGAAGCUGUACCCAAUUUACCCAAACAACAUUUGGCACGACGACAGGUGCGCAAAUCAAAGUCAAUACUCGAAACUUUACUAUUCCGUGGCGAGAACGCCGGUGAUGAGAUUAAAAAUAAAAAUAUCAGACAGACAGAGAUUUUGGUUGAUUUACGUGAAGCAAUACUGAAAGUAGCUAGGCAUUUUAUAACGAUUGAGCCCAAAUUGGCCAAUCACAUUCAAUUGACAGCCGAUUAUAGUACACAGUCGCAUGCUAAAGACCAUGAGAACUUCAUAAAUGUAGCCAGGACACGUAAGAGAAGAGCCAAGGCUCUGCAUGACUUUGAAAGGCAUGACGAUGAUGAAUUGGGCUUUAGAAAGAACGAUAUAAUAACUAUUGUAAGUCAAAAGGAUGAACACUGCUGGGUUGGAGAACUAAACGGUUUAAGAGGUUGGUUUCCGGCUAAAUUUGUUGAACUUUUGGAUGAACGUAGUAAACAGUAUACUUCGGCGGGAGAUGAUGCUAUAUCAGAGACUGUAACUGAUUUGGUAAGAGGAACAUUGGCGCCAGCUGUUAAGGCUUUUCUAGAGCAUGGUAUGAAAAGGCCCUCUUUCUUAGGAGGACCCAUACAUCCCUGGUUAUUUAUAGAAGAGGCAGCCUCCAGAGAGGUUGAAAAAGACUUUGAAUCUGUUUAUAGCCGUUUGGUAUUGUGCAAAACUUAUCGUUUAGAUGAAGAUGGAAAAGUUCUCACACCCGAGGAACUUUUAUAUCGCUGUGUACAAUCAAUUAAUCAAUCUCAUGAUGAAGCUCACGCUCAAAUGGACGUUAAAUUAAGGUCGUUAAUUUGUUUGGGUCUUAACGAGCAGGUCUUGCAUUUAUGGCUAGAAGUAUUAUGUUCUUGUAUAGAGGUGGUGCAAAAAUGGUAUCAUUCCUGGUCAUUUAUUGAUUCUCCCGGCUGGGUGCAAAUAAAAUGCGAACUACGUAUAUUGGCUCAGUUUGCAUUUAAUCUAAAUCCCGACUGGGAGUUACCACCCAAGCGUGGCAAGGAAUCGCAACCUCUUAAAGAUGGUGUACGUGAUAUGUUGGUCAAACACCAUUUAUUCUCUUGGGAUUUGUGAAAGGUUUCAUCUUCUAUUAAUAAUUUUUGUCAUAAUAUACGGAUUUUCUUAUUAUAGAUUUAAGUACAAAAUUACAACAAACCAAUCAAUCAAUUUAUCUACUUAUAUAUUGUAUAAUUACUAUACUAUAAGCUUUAGCUUAGUUUUAUUUUUGAUUUAAAACAUAA